GGCAAUGGCGGCGGCCCCUGAGGGCGGCGGGACGGGGCGCGGCGGCGGGGCGGCUGCUGGGGGCGGGGGCACCGCCGCCAGCCGCGGGAGGCAGGCCUGUGGGCUGUGCCUGCGCCGUGGAAGUCCCCGGAAUGGGAGGGUCCCCCCCGCCCCCACCCCGUUAAUUGAAUACUCACAGUGUUGGAGGUUCCCGGGAAUAGUGGGGUGCCCUAAGGAUCAUAGGGACACUCUAGGAAGUAGCAGGUGUGCCCCAGUGUAUGGGGGUCUUAUAGGGGAUAAUGGUAUCUUGCAAAAUAUAUAAUUUCAGAGCUACAGGGCCUCAAAAAUGUGAGGUGACGCAGGGAGUGGGAGUAUCCUAGGGGGGCUGUAAUGGUGCCCUGGAGCUGGGGGUUGCCCAAAACUGGGUAGGUGUUCCCACAGAGAAUAGGAGUGUCCCUCAGUCUGUGGUGAUGCCCAAGGGAUAUGACGGUGGCACUUACCAGGUGCCCCAAAAACGUGAGGUACCCCUAUGGCUGACAAGCAUGGAAAGCUGUGAGGAUGGCGGUGCUCAAAGGGUUUGUGAGUGCCCCAGAGUAAUGGGGGUGCAUGGGGAAUGCCCUUGUGUGCAGUUCUCCCCUAAAAGCAAAAGGAAUACUCGGAGCCACAGCAUUCACUAAGUCUGUGGGACUGGCACAGGGGCACGGCUCUGUCUGAUGGCAUUGAUGGCAUGGCUUGACUUGGCUUAGCUUGGCAAGGCACAGCCAGGGCAGGAGGGACAUAGGACUCUACUCUGAGGGGGUCCCCCACAGCAACCUCCAAUGGAGGGCAAGCCAGUCUUGCAGUCCCCCUGUGCAUCCCCUAAGUGCUGACACCACCCACUGCUCUAUCAAUGGGGAAACUGAGGCACAGAGCCCUGCAUUGCCAUCACCCAUUGACCAUUGCCUCAAAGAGCUCUGCUCUCCUGGUGGGACCACAGCACACAGGGGUGCCUUGAAGGGCAUCCCCUCAUCCACUGGGGGCCUGGGGACAAAUUAGAGACUCCCAGCUGGUGAUCCCCGGGGUGCAUCAUCGCAGGGAUGACAAUGAACCCCUGGGUGCACCCCCAGUGCAGCGUGGCCUGGGACAUCCUGGGACAGGAGGGUGACAGGGGUCUGUGGGCUUCCCUCGGACGGGGAAAGGCAUCUGGGGGGACCACGGAAGGGUCCCUUUGGCUGCCACUUCCUCUUCAUUCUGGGAGAAGAUUUUGCAACAUUUCCUCCCCGGGCAGUAUAAAGUGAGCGGCGGAGGAAAGGGGUACUGGGAGGCGGCACAGCAGCAGGCACAGUGAGAAACAGCUUGGGAUCGAGAGAAGACUCCACAUUUGAGGGGACGGCGACAGCAGCAAGCAGCAAAAUGGAGCCCUUGUCCUACAGUGGAGAUUUCUCCAACCUCUUCUCCUUUUACAACUACACCUAUGACUACAGCACAGCCAUGCCUGACACUGCUAUCUCAUCCUCUCCGUGCCGGCCUGAAAACUCUGCCCUCAACAAGUACCUGGUGGUGGUGAUCUACUGCCUCGUCUUCAUCCUCAGUGUGGUGGGGAAUGGGCUGGUGGUGCUGGUGGUGACCUCCAGCCACACCAGCCGCUCCGUCACCGACGUCUACCUGCUCAACCUGGCCGUGGCAGACCUGCUCUUCGCUUUGACCCUGCCGCUUUGGGCAGCCUACCGAGCCCACGAGUGGGUCUUUGGCACUGUGAUGUGCAAAGCCAUCUCCGUGCUGCAGGAAGCCAACUUCUACAGCGGCAUCCUUCUGCUGGCCUGCAUUAGUGUGGACCGCUACCUGGCCAUUGUCUAUGCCACACGGGCUGCCACUGAGAAGAGGCACUGGGUGAAGUUUGUCUGCUUGGGCAUAUGGGUCUUCUCCAUACUGCUCUCCCUGCCCGUGCUGCUCUUCCGUGAGGCUUUCCGCUCUCCCAACAAUGGCACCGUGUGCUAUGAGCGCAUCAGUGGCGAGGACACGGCCAAGUGGCGGGUAGUGCUGCGGAUCCUGCCGCAGACAUUCGGCUUUGUCUUGCCCCUCCUGGUGAUGCUCUUCUGCUAUGGUGUCACCAUCCAUACCCUCCUGCAGACCAAAAAUGCUCAGAAGCAGCGGGCCAUGAAGGUCAUCUUUGCUGUGGUGCUGGUCUUCCUCAUCUGCUGGCUGCCCUACAACAUCACCCUGGUGAGCGACACCCUCAUGAGGACGCGGGCCAUUGCCGAGACCUGUGAGAGGAGGAACCGCAUCGACACAACCCUCUCUGUCACGCAGGUCCUGGGCUUUGCCCACAGCUGCAUCAACCCUAUCAUCUAUGCCUUCAUUGGUCAAAAGUUUCGCAACAGCUUCCUCAAGAUCCUGGCGCAGCGUGGGCUGAUCAGCAAGGAUGCUGUUGCCCGCUAUGGCCGUGCCUCCUAUGCCUCCACCUCUGGCAAUACAUCCACCACCCUCUGAGCCCUUCUGGGACCCAGCCUUUGUGGGUACCAGCAGGUCCCAGCACCCCACACACCUCAGCAUCAUCAUCCAGUCCCCUGGCAUGUGGGUGGUGAUGCCAUAGGGAUGGACAGGGCCACCACUGGAUGCUGGACCCCAACUGGAAGGGGGCUUGGGUAGCAUGGUGGUAGGACCUCAUUGCCAGGGGAGUGAUGUCAAGUGUCCACCCUCCCCCCUCUUUGGGACAAAGCCUGUGACCCUGUGGAUUCUGUGAGCCUGCUGUGAAGAUGGUGUAUUUACCCAAUGACCAUUGAGCAAUAAAGGAGUUGGUCGGUUGGUCA